AUAAUGUGAUAUUUUUGUCAGAUGACAUUUACUGGAAAACCAAGUGAUUUAGGAGAAGUGGACCUAGUGGGGAAUGACCCUGAGGAGAGUAUAAUGGAAACAGAUAACCAGGAAUCUGACCUUUUAUUUGAUGAUCAUUCAGUGACAGACAUCAGUGAUACAAACGAAUCUGGUGAGAUGCAAAAUGUAACAGGUGCUGCGAGCCCAUUAGCUGAAGAACAGUUGACAAAACAGGAUUUCCUUCACCUUGAAAUUCUGAGAUUCUUAUGUAUUUGUGCAACUACUGUCCAAAUUCAGACAGUGAGCUUCCGAGCCUCUGAUAUACGAAGGAAGCUGUUAAUGCUUGCUGAUGGCAGUGUCUUCGACAGUGCUAAGCCAUUGCAUCUGCACACGUACUUGUUGCUCUUGAAGGAACUCCCUGUUGAAGAAAACCUCCUGCCUGUAGAUGAAGUUCUUAAGCUUCUUACGCCUCUUUCUGAUGUAUGUUCAUUGUACCGCCGAGACCAAGACGUUUGCAAAGUAAUUCUAAAUAAUUUGCUACCUGUAGCAGAAAGUUUGGCCCAGUCCAAUGAGCAUACUGAAGAGACAAGGAAUGCACAAGGGCAAUUUUUGACAGUUGUUGGAGCCUUUUG